AAUAUUAAAUCACUAAGAAGAUAAUGUACAUAUGUAGUUUUUUCAUUUUUUUCAAAUGUUUGACUAAUAAUGUUACAUCUAAUAUUAACAUAAUCCAGUUUAGACUAAACACAUGAAAAUCUAGAAAGAUCGUACUUACGCUCUCCCCAUCCAUGCAUCUAUAAAAGCCCUUCGGUGUCUACCAUAAUCGAUCAAAAAAGCCACAGUUAUUACUUCUACCAAUAGUACUAAUAUAAAUCUCUCAGUUAUUUCUCUCUUUUUCUCAUCAUCAAACUUGAUAACGAAACCUGUUUAUUGAUCAGUAUGGGUGAUAUUGCUUUCGAUUUUGAGAAAGAAUCCGACGUAUUCGAAUUUGUUGUAAAAAAAGGUCAUGGUGUUAAAGGUUUAGCUGAUACUGGUUUAACAACUGUACCACCAAGGUAUAUUCAUCCACCGUCAGAGCGUAUCGAUCGUAAAGAUACAAUCGAUUCUGCACCUUUUUUAAGUUCUCCUAUCGACAUAUCAGCUUUACUGGAGGAAGGUGAUGUUGAUAGUGAGAAGAGGAGUGAAGUCAGUAAGAAGUUAUGUGAAGCUGCUGAAAAACUCGGGUUUUUUCAGGUAGUGAAUCAUGGUGUUUCUCAUGAAGUUAUGGAGAAUGCUAAGCGUGCUGCUCAUUUUUUCUUCAACCAACCCCGAGAGAGAAAACUGGCUUACUCUAAAGAAAACUCACCAUGCCCAACCCAUAUUUUCUGCGGUACCAGCUUCUCUCCUCAAGCUGAAAAAUCCUUGGAAUGGAAAGAUUAUUUAAGCAUGGUCUACAUUUUUGACGAUGAACAUGUUCGAAAGUUUUGGCCUGAGGAAUGCCGGGAUGCUGCUGUUGCUUAUCUAAACGGAGAGGCAUUGGCCGUAAUGAUGCCAUUUAGUUUGUUUAUUUGUUAAUGGAAAUCAAUGGCAUUUAGUAAGGUUGUAUUGAAAGUGGAAAGUGGGGCAUGUGAUGUGUCUCUAUUGCAGUUUGGAUGAAGUGCUCAACCAGUGCACAUCCUUCUUGUAAACCUUACAUGGUCUUCCUAUUAUGUCUUCCAUGCAGUCAUAUGAAUUCACUCUUUGAUUGCAACUUUGCCGCUACUAUCUCCAUGCCCACCAAAUUUGCCUGUAUUCUGUAGGACAUUGAUGUAGAAUUUCGUAGUACUGCCACUUUUCGCAAACUUUGUAUUUGGCAGUUCUGUAUUGUGGAAAUUUGCAGUACCACGCUAUGGAAAUCCGGGCAGCAACCUACUAAUUUACUUGAGACUGUACUUAAAUAUCCUCUAGAGAAGUAUUCUCCGCGAGCUAAUACUUGCAAUUCCCUUGUAUGUCCAGGAGGAUGGGAACUAGCUCCCAUUGUCCUUGCCUUGGUCUUAGGAACUGCGGCUAGAGCCUACUUGGAUAGGGGGUCGGCUUUUUAGUAGGAGGUGCUCAUGUGGUUUGUUAGACUUGGAGAGAUGGCGAUAAGAGCCUGCCUUAGAAGAAAGGACAGGGUGUUCGGCUCUGAAUUUCUGCACUGGGGCGCCAGUCCAGAGAUAGGCCCAUCUGUAAAGUUGAAUGAAAUUCUUAUUUGGAAAUUCAUGAGA